CACAUUUUUCGGAUUUUGACAUCGUGAACGUAUUGUUUUUAUCGUAAUUCGGUUUGAUGUAACAUGUGAACGAAUCUUUUAUAUCGUAAUUCGAUUUGAUGAAAUACGGGAACUAGUGGUGAGCGUACUCGUUCGUUCGAAAUGUCAUUCGAACACUACCUGUCAAUCGAGCGCGAACCAAACAACGCAAAUGUCCAAUUAUACUAAACUGAACCCUACCCAAAAGGAUGUAAUGGUGGAGUUUAUGGCCGAGCACCCCAACUUGGCUAAGAGCAAAUUUUCUAAUUUCGCACAAGGCAGAGCUAAAUCGAUCAGUCUCUGGGAGGAGCUUUCUAUGCAACUAAAUGCAGUAGGCCCACCAUUUAAGGAUUGGCGGAAGUGGAAGAAGGUUUUCGCCGAUCUAAAAUAUCAGGCGAAGAAAAAACUUUCCCACAAUAAAUCUGGAGGAGGAAUCUAUACUGAGAAGGUCAUUACUGCCUCUGAGGAGCUGAUACUUGAGGCCGCCGGAUUGAAGGCUUGUGAUGAAAGCGACAAAAGUGAGCCAGCGUGCGGAAAUGCACCAUCUGCAGAAUCAUACAAGCACAGCAGUGACAGUGGUGACAGCAAUUUCGGCGACAGAGAGGCAAGCUCAACCCAUAGCGGCUUGCCGGGCCCAUCACCAUCGGCAUUCACUUCCACUCGUAGCGAAACACCACGCAGCGACAUACAAAGACGAGCAAGUGGGAGUGAUGAAGAGAUGAAACUCCUCCAAACACCACCCAGCGACAUACAAAGACGAGCAAGUGAGAGUGAUGAAGAGUUGCAACUCCUCCAAACACAACGCAGCGACAUACAAAGACGAGCAAGUGAGAGUGAUGAAGAGUUACAACUCCUCCAAACACAACGCAGCGACAUACAAAGACGAGCAAGUGGGAGUGAUGAAGAGUUGAAACUCCUCCAAAUGAAUUUAAAAUCUGUUGCAGACUUUCAAAGAAAUAUGGAUGCAAAAAUAGAUAAGUUGUUGGAGAUGCAGGAGAAGUUGCUGGCCGUGCAAGAAAGAUUCCUGGCGAUCAAGGAGGAAAAGCACCGCAUUCAACAGUCCUCGCGAGAAACAGAGCUUGAAAUAAAACGAUUAAAAUUAGAAACAUUAGCCAUGGUAAUUAAUAAUCUCAAAUCUAAAUAAAGUUUGUAUUCGCCAGCAGA